CUUUGGGGGGGAAAGAAGAAAGAAGACCGUCACUCGACCCAUCCACCACUCUCAAAGCAACCAUGUCCAUCCAGGCCAGCUCAUAGCAGUACGUGCACACCCAUCGCAUCACAGCAAACAAGCCUCCAACACCGCCUGCGCAUCCAAGGGGCGAAAAUUCUCUGUCUAUUCUUGACACCUAGCCCUGUUUCAAGCACCUCACACUACUCUCUCCCUUCCUCCUGAACACAGCCCACGUCCUUUAUCAACGUCCUUUCACUCAGGAGUACCCCCUCCCCCACGAAGCAAGCGCGAUAUCCGCCUCAAAGCAUUAAACACAGGAAAAGAAAAUGAGUGGACACCGACCGCAAACGUCCACCACCAUCACCCUCACCAACAGCACCCGCGGCUCAGCUCUCAGACGCGCUAGUAUGACGGCAGAUCGUAAACAUAGCUUCACAACAACCCUCACACCCGGCGGUGGCAGUACCGGUGUCCAUGCAGAGGAUGCUGCGUCAGCGACGUUUGCUAUGCCUAUGCAGCAACAACAACCUUCACGACCAUCUAGUGCCUUUCAACCCUACCCACAAUCAUUACCCGUUGCCAUGCUGGGAAAUGGACAAGUGAAACGGAAGUCACGCAGGCCGAGUGAAGCGGCGCCUGUGUUGUGUUCGCAUUGCGGCAAGAAUUACAAGCACCAGCAGUGUCUUGCCAAACACCUGUAUGCUUUUCCUUGACCUUAGUCAACAUGACUGACACAGCGUAGGUGGGAACACAGCCCAUACUGGUCUUCCGUACCAGCAGGACAAGCCCUGUCAAAGCAUCAAAAAGUACAACUCCUCGAAACCGCUUCCAUUCUCUGCAAGAUUUCAGGAUCGCCUGGCAUCUUGGCACACUCACCGUCGC